AAAAUUACUAACACUCAAACGGCAAAAAGUGAGAAUUGUCCAUCAGUGUAGCGUGCUUCUACAACAUGAGGACACGCACUUGAAGAUAUAACACACAUCCACAUUUAUAAAUAUACAUGUAGUCUCAUACAGGCGUGUCAAUAACCAAUAAGGGUUUACUGCCUGAUAACUUUACCAAUAUUGGAAUAUCUGUGAUAAGCGUUUCUAUCGGUGGUCUUUAGUUCUCAUUGUCGCGCAGAGAAAUUGGGUUUAGACAGACGUGAGUUUGAAAUAAGAAUAUUUAAAAAAGUUAUGAGCUUUUAUUUAAAAAAUUAAUGCAGGAGUAUUAGAAAUCUAGAUGUGUUAAUAAAAGUUAAUUAUAAUAUUAAAAUCUAAUUGUAGUGGGUGAAUUCUAACAGAAGCUCAAACCCCAACGAGUCGGCCUAAAGCGAACAGUGAGCAAUACCUCGAGUUCGUGUUCGAGAAAAAUACUUAAGCACGUUGAAAUUGGUGCACGAAACAAUUUAAAUAGCUUUUUAAAUAGUUCAAGUAAUAAAAAUAACAAACAAUCGUGUUACACCGUGCAAAACCAGUCAUUUACAAAACUCCAAAAAAAAACUACAGUUACUUAUGUGCUACGCAUAUAUAUCGACAAAGUGGGCGUGAUGUCCUUCAACACAUCCAAGCAAAUGUACAGUAAUACGCGCUGCCUAAAAGUGGCUUUGCGCACUAUCAUCUGCAUCAUAUUCUUACUGACGCUCAUCAUUUUGGUGAUCUCUACGCGCAACAAUGCACGAAAUACAGCCAUGCGCAUGUCGAAGUUGCCGGUGACGCACGGCAGCGUUGUGCUCUUCUGGAAUGGCUUCUUCGAGGACAAACGCUGGACCUUACCGGAGGACACGUUGCACGCGCAGUGUGCACAAGUCCAUUGCAUUUUCACCAAUCAACAUGACUUUUUGCCCGCCAUCGUCGAUUAUGCAGCGAUCGUUUUUCAUACGGCGCGUAAAUUUCCGCUUUUUAACGGCACACCACCACAACGUGCGCCCAAUCAGUCGUAUGUGUUCGCACAAUUAGAAUCGCCGGAGCAUACCUGGCACAAUUUCCAGGCCGAGAGGAAUUUCUAUAAUCUCACGUUGAGUUAUCGCCUCGACUCGGACGUCGUGUGGAGCUACAAUGUGGUGAGGACGAUUUCAACGCGUCAAAUUAUUGCGCCGGCGCUAGAUCCAAUAUGGCCUGCGGUGGAGGUGGCUUGGACGCAAAACGACGCGGAUUUGUUAUCGUUAAUUGAAGGAAAGCGUAAAAUGGCCGCUUGGUUUGUGUCCAACUGUAAGGUGGCUUCGCGGCGGGAGCGCUUAGUGAAGGCGCUGCAGGCGCACGUGCAAGUGGAUGUGUAUGGCAAAUGUGGGACCUUGAGAUGCGAACGCUUCAACAGCAGUUGCGAUGAGUUGCUCGACAAAGAUUACAAAUUCUAUUUGAGUUUUGAGAAUUCCCUUUGCAAGGAUUACGUGACGGAAAAGUUUUUUAACGCGCUGCAGCGACACAUUGUGCCCGUGGUCUACGGUGGUGCAAAUUACACGCGUUUCGCGCCACCGCACUCAUACAUUGAUGCGCAGGACUUCAAAAACGCCUCAUCACUGGCCGCAUACCUCAACUACUUGAGUGAGCAUCCCUACGAGUAUGUCAAGUACUUUUGGUGGCGUCGCUAUUACAGAGUCGAAGCUAAUGACGGCGGCCUCCAAAUGCUACCAUAUUGUGAGCUAUGUGAACGUAUACACUCAAAGCCCACCGUUAGACGUACACAAGUCUAUGAAGAUAUAAAUGCAUUUUGGACCGAUGAAGUUUGCACGAAAAAGGCUCGGAUAGAUUUUUAAGUUGAAAUAAGUCGAUUAUUUAUUGUUUGUAAUUUAAGUAGUUUAAUAAGAACUUUUUAUGUAAAUUAUUUGUACAUAGAAAAGUUAACAUGCAGGCGCAUGCGCAAAAAUAAAAGU